AUGCUGCUGCUGCUGCCUCUGAUUUACUCCGGCCUCCUGCUUAGCUUGUCGCUGGUGGCCGCCAACAACGAUGAUGGCUGCAACGAGGUGGUCUGCGGCUCGGUGGUGUCCAAGUGCCUGCUCACGCAGAGCUGUCAGUGCAAGCUGAACGACUGCCAUUGCUGCAAGGACUGUCUGAACUGCCUGGGGGAGCUGUACACGGAGUGCUGUGGAUGCCUGGACAUGUGCCCCAAGCACACCGAUGCCCUGCCCUCGCUGACACCCCGCUCGGAGAUCGGCGAUGUUGAUGGCGUGCCCGAGCUGUUCGACACCCUCACCGCCGAGGACGAUGACCAGUGGUCGACCAUGCGGUUCCCCAUGCGCGCCGGCAUCAAGCACCGCCUGGAGGGCACCGACAAUGGACUGGGUGACCGACCCAAGCCCGGGGCCACCAUCAACUGCACCGUCAUCUAUGUGAACUCUUGCAUUCGGUCGAACAAAUGCAAGCAGCAGUGCGAGAGCAUGGGUGCGAAUAGCUAUCGUUGGUUCCACGAUGGGUGCUGCGAGUGCGUGGGCGCCAAUUGCCUCAAUUAUGGCAUCAACGAGAGUCGCUGCACGGCCUGCCCUGAGGACCAGGAUCUGCUCACCUCCGAUGCCAUCCAUGCCGAAACCGAACAGGAUCUGGAGCGCAUUUUCGGCGUCGAGGACGAUGCAUUUGCCGAUGACAUGUGGGACGACUAUGGCGAUGAUGAUGACCAGAUCAAUUGAUGUUUACAUAAUUAUUAUUUAUUCUGAUUUGCAGACACCCUAACAAACUCAUUUUUCCUCAGAACUAAAAAAAA